AUGAAGCUUCAUGAUCUCGAAAAGUCCACUCGUGUCUGCAAGGGUGAUACCUGCUACUUCUAUGUUAAAGCUCAGUCAAUUGCCAACAAUGGAGGCUGGAAACAGUGGAAAAAUGCCAAGGGCGUGGAUAAGACCGAGAAAUAUGGUGUCGACGCUUUCGAGUUUGGCGAGGCCACUGAGUGGUACCAGGACAAGUACGGCUCUUACCUGCAGGUGCCGACAGAUGCCUCUGAUUUCUUGUCUGUCAUUCAAGAUUCCAGUGACAGCCCCGCCGGAAGCAUGUAUGUAAAUAUGCCGGUUGUCCACUAUGAUAAUUGCAAACGGAUCAGCUCAUGA